GGGCGCAGCAAGAGCGGCGGCGGCGGCGGCAGCUCUCGCAGCAGCGUCUUCUUCUUCCAGGAUGACAGCUGAGAAGGAAAAGAAGCGGAGCAGUUCUGAAAGGAGGAAGGAGAAGUCAAGGGAUGCAGCACGGUGCAGAAGAAGCAAAGAGACCGAAGUUUUCUAUGAGCUGGCCCAUGAACUGCCACUGCCUCACAAUAUUAGCUCACAUCUGGACAAAGCAUCGAUAAUGCGUCUGGCAAUCAGUUUCUUACGGACACACAAACUUUUGUCUUCAGUCUGCACUGACAACGAGAGAGAAAUUGAGACUGAUCAGCAGAUGGACAACUUGUACCUGAAAGCUUUGGAGGGAUUUAUCACUGUUAUCACACAGGAUGGAGACAUGAUCUUUUUGUCAGAAAACAUCAGCAAAUAUAUGGGCUUGACGCAGGUUGAGUUGACUGGACACAGCAUUUUUGACUUCACUCACCCGUGUGAUCAUGAGGAAAUUCGAGAAAACCUGAGUUUGAAAAAUGGGCCAGGCUUUGGGAAAAAAAAUAAAGAGAUGUCCAUGGAUCGUGACUUUUUCAUGAGAAUGAAAUGCACUGUGACCAACAGAGGCAGAACCGUAAAUCUCAAAUCAGCCACAUGGAAGGUUUUGCACUGCACUGGACAAAUCAAGGUCUACAAUACAUGCCCUCCUCAUGCACUGUGUGGUUAUAAGGAGCCCCUCUUGUCCUGUCUUGUAUUAAUGUGUGAACCUAUUCAACACCCUUCCAAUACUGACAUCCCACUGGACAGUAAGACGUUCCUGAGUCGUCAUAGUAUGGACAUGAAAUUCACCUACUGUGAUGACAGGAUAACCGAAUUAGUUGGAUACCAUCCCGAGGAGCUGCUGGGCCGUUCUGCAUACGAAUUCUACCAUGCGUUGGACUCUGAGAAUAUGACCAAAAGUCAUCAGAACUUGUGCGCAAAAGGUCAAGUGGUCAGUGGUCAGUACCGGAUGCUUGCCAAGCAUGGUGGAUAUGUGUGGCUGGAGACUCAAGGAACAGUCAUCUACAAUACCCGCAACUUGCAGCCUCAGUGCAUCAUCUGCGUCAAUUAUGUUCUAAGUGAAAUUGAGAACAACGAUAUCGUGUUCUCCAUGGAUCAGACAGAAUCGCUGUUUAAGCCUCGCAUGAUGGCAAUGAAUUCUGUGUUUGACAACGGAGUCCCAGUGGCAGAUAAGAGCGAUUUCUUGUACACCAAGCUGAAAGAAGAACCAGAAGAACUUGCCCAGUUGGCACCUACACCAGGCGAUGCUAUUAUCUCUCUCGACUUUGGCACGCAAACGUUUGAGGAAAUCUCUACUUACAACAAAGCUGUGAUGACCCCAAACAAGGCUCCCCAGCCUGAGAAGCUGAGCAUGCCGUCGUUCACAUUGCCCCAGGUUGCCCCUGGCAGCAGCACCCCCAGCGCAAGCAGCAUCAGCAGCUGUUCCACUCCAAGUAGCCCUGGAGACUAUUACACUUCCUUAGAUGAAGACCUGAAGAUCGAGAUGAUUGAGAAACUUUUUGCCAUGGACACAGAUGCUAAGAAUCAGUGCAACUCACAGACUGACUUCAAUGAGUUGGACCUUGAAACGUUGGCUCCCUAUAUUCCCAUGGAUGGAGAAGAUUUCCAGCUGAGCCCCAUCUGUCAAGAGGAACGCCCCCUCUCUGAAAGCGCCCAGCUCACCCAGCGGAGCUUAAGCAACAUGAGCAACCUCUUCCAGCCUCUUGCUCCUCCGUCGCAGAACCCCUUCCUCCCGGAGGAAUACUGCCAGCCGCUGUCCGACAAAAACAUGAACCCAGGCCAGGGGUCUCUGCCACCGCCAGCCUUCUUCAACCGCGGGGGCCAGUCGGCCUCCUUGCUGCCUUACUAUGCCCAAGCCAGCACUCCACUGUCUUCGAUGGGCGGGAGGCCAAACACCCAGUGGCCACCUGAUCCGCCAUUACAGUACGUCCCGGCCAAGUGGAGAGUCGUCAGCAAUAAGUGCCCUGGAUCCUUAGCGAGCUCUCCAUUGCAUUUGCCUAAUGUGAACUUAUAUAAGAGAAGGUCACUAGAGAGCUUUGGACAGCGAGGCAUAGAUAUAAACCCAGCACGGGUCGCUCUUGCCAACAGUUUGAAGCUGAAGCGGCAGCUGGACUACGAAGACCAAGCGUUUCAGCACCUGAAUGGGACGCAAGGAGACACGACUGGCAUUAAUCCGACACACUUAAUGUGGAAAAGGAUGAAAAUACUCAGAAGUGAAAAUUGUGCGUUGCUUACAGAGAAGAAGUCACUCAGUACAAGUGUCCUUAAUGAUGAGUUUCUCUGUAACCCACCAAGAGGCUCAGGCCAACCAGUGAAUAUGGUGUUGCAGCAGCAUCCGCCGGCCUCCUCUGGGAACUCUGCCAGUAACCCAAAAGCUGCGUUCUCCCCUCACUUUUACAACCCCCCUUAUCAGGACUUCAGUGUGCUGCAAGCUCAUAGGAUGUCAGGCAUGACAAGUCGUCUGCUCGGCUCGACUUUUGAACCUCGUUUGUUGCCAGAAUUGACCCGAUAUGACUGUGAGGUUAACGUGCCGGUGCCGGGCAGCUCAACGCUCCUGCAGGGAAGCGACCUGCUUCGAGCUCUGGACCAAGCGACCUGAGCGAAGCCUGCAGUGUUUCCUUUGCCUCUACUGUUCAAACCAGCUGCAGUUUUUAAAUCUAUUUUUGCAAGUAGACAAUUUCUAAUACUGAUUACACUUUUGCAAGAUUUUACUUAUCUAUUGAACUUGUCCACAAUUACCAAAUAGUGGCCUUUCUGUGAAGUUACUCACUUUCUUAUUCGUAUUAAAAGAAAUAUGCAUCUACUGUAUUUUUCCCUUCUAUUUCGAUGAAGUGUUCCUUAGUAAAUUUAUAUUAUAUGAUUCCCCUUCACUGUGUGUAAUUUAUAUGUUCUGAAACUUCUUCAAUAUUCAUGCUAAUAAUAAUAAUUUUUAAAAAGGCUGUGGUGUGCUAAUGGCUCUAUGUAAUACUUUGGCUCCAUUUAUUGCGAAGGUUUUAUUUCUUUUGCCAAAGAUAAGUGAAAUUCAUAAAUCUUUUCCCUAACCACAGUCAGCACUGCCAUGUUCAGAAACAAUAGACUUACUGUCUGUCCCUAGCUUUUCUGUGCAUGUUCUAGCAUGAAAAACAUUGCAGGUUUUAAUCUCUUAAAAAGCACGAGACAAAACUUUCUGAAUUCUCUACACACACACACACACACACACACACACACACACACACACACACACACUGCAACAUGCCAAGAGUUAACUGCAGUGUUGUCUGGUCCCCGAGCAAGUUGCAGAUUGUAGCUUUUUUCUUUACGAUCGAGUCACGAAUCUAAGACUAGGGUCUGUGUCUCUGUUUGAGGCAGGGCCGGCCCAACUGCACAAGUAACCCAAGCAGUAGCUUAGGAUGGCAAUCUUUCUUUUUUAAAAAUUGGACAAUAAGAUUUGUUGGAGAUCUGAGUCUUGUGCUCCAGCCUCUUCUGUGUCAUUGCAAGUGACCUCCAAGUGCACUUCUCAGAGGCAGCGAUGCUGCCUGGCUUAAAAAAUAUGUUGUGUUGACCCAGAUUGGUGAAUUUUUAUUCUUGAUUAUGGAAGAGCCAAAGCUAAAUAAUGGCCACGAGUUUUAGCAAUGUCAAUGUGCCUUCCCCACCAGACUUUACCCAACACUUAGAGUAAGCUCAAUGUUCUCUUGAUUAAACAGAUGGGAUAGUUGCUGUCGUCUUAGAUUUAGAGCAUGGUACUGCAAAAGAAUCAAAGAUGGCGGAAGCCCAGUGUUCCAUCGCAUUUAGGUCAGUGUCACCCUCCUAGGAACUUUUCUGGAGAAGGCAGGGAUUUGAGAAUGAAUCAGAAUGAAUUACUGCACAAUUAGAGAUAAGCAGAGGGAAUUCAGCAUAUCUGUGUGUUUUAAUUCUCUGUUGUUGUUGUUACAUAAAGCAUAACUGAUUCUUUGAUACUUU